UUCGUUUGAAGUCAGUUUGUUUAGAGCCUCAGUCGAGACUAAACCAAAAUUUUGUGGCACACAAAAAUAAAGCCUCAACAAAAUUGUAACUUUUUUCACCUUCUCCUUUUGGAUAUUUUUUGUGGCAGCCCAAAAACAUGUCUCGAUCGUGUUGUCGCGCCAGUCAGCGACGCUCGGAUCCAACCAGCUGUAUUUCCUGGUAUCCACGAAUGGAUCCAGUUGGGAACUGCGCCUGCCAAUCGGCCCAGGAGCAGUGGUGGAACCGCAACAGUGGCCUCAUCCGGGUGCUGGCCAACGCCGUCGACCAGUCAGCGACGAAUGUGUGCACCUUCCUCUACCAACUCACCCUAAACCUGUUCAGCCGCAUACUGAACCCAUUGACCAUGGGUUGGAAUACGCUCAAAGUGCCCUUCGUCAUGUCCGAUACCUUUGAGCUGUACUACGGCAUCUUCGAUGAGAACGGUGACCUGCGGAAGCCCAUGCCGGCGAGGGCAUUCCUGCUGUUGCUCGCUAUGAUGCAGCGCUUCCUGUGCCUGCCGUGUCGUAUGAUGAGACCAAGGGCCCGAUGCGGACACAGUCCGGUGAUGUACUGCACCAACGGCAUGGGAGUGUUCGCCAAUGCGAAUCAUGGCAUUGCCUAUAACACGCCCCGCAAGGUGGCGGCCUCUUCAGAUAUUCGGGCCGGACUUAGAAGACUGGGAAUGCGUAGAUCUUCAUCGGAAAAUUCAUUGGAUUCGGUGGACAUGCCUUACGGUUACGCACCGGCCAUAUGCUGUUGCAGUGGACCCGGCAAUUCGGGCCCUCUGCCCAAGAGUCUGAGACCCACGCCGGGCUAUGGCAAAUCGGAAAGUGAGGUUCAAGAAUCCUGCGAAAAGGAAUACCAAGAUUCCCGGAGCCAAACUGCUCCGAUUUGCCCCGAGCGAUCACUUAGUCUCAGGCAAAUCCAGAAUCUACAAAUGAAAACACUUUCCGAGUUCUACGGAGCAGUGUGCCAGGGAAAAUACAACAUUAGUUUGUUGGAUCGACAGAACACUCCCAGAUCGAGAAUAACUCCGUGCGAAAAGCGACGAGUGGAGGGUGGACAGAUACCUAUGUUGCUGCAGAGACCCAUCCAGAAUUCAGCAGAGGACUGGCGCUGUGUCUCUCAAUACGGCAUACAACAGCAGAUGACUCGAUCCGUCGUUGGAGACAACAGGAAUGACAUGCUGCAGCGCUACAACCAGACCAGGGAUGAGGACUAUUUAAAAUACAAUAAAGGAAAUGCCGUGCGUGGCACUAGCUCAACGGAUAGCAGCAGGAUCAUGUCAGGUCGCAGUCGGCUGCUGGCCAUUGAAUAUGAGAAAGAAGUAAUCAGGCGGAUGAACCCGUACAUGAGGGAUUCGCCUAGCGAUGACUGCUUAGAUGCGCCAAUCAGGGAAGCGAUUCAUGCCGCAAAGUUUAAUAAGCUAAAAUCCCUUCUUAUGAGAAUUACAAUGGCUCACAAAAAGCCCCACGAAAGCGAUUCAAUGCUGAUGCAAAAAAGAUGCAAUCCUGUGGAUGCGAAGAUUCAAGUGGAUGAAAACAAACUGUUAUGUGAAAUGCUCAAGCGACGACACGCAUCCGCGGAGAAACGACUGAGUCAACCACCAACGACCAAAUCUUCUAUCCUUACAACCGAUGACGUGACGAAAGUUGAACGGAAAAAGAGAGUCAGGUUCAUAAAUUCCAACAAAGAAAGCUACCAAAAGGAACAAUGUGUGGAGAGCGGCUCGAAGCAAAGAAUUGUUAAGCCAAAGGAUCAAACGAUGGAGAAAGCUGGCAGAAGAAAACAGGUGAAUACCAGAAACGAAAACGUGCAGCCGAAUGAGAUACUGAAGCGAGGACACCCAUACCUGGAGAAAGACUACGAGCAAAAGAGAGUCAAGCCCGCGGAGCGAGCUUUUUCAAGGCAACAGGCCGGCUCAGGCCAAGGAAUUUUUUAUCGGGAGAGAUGCGAUCGGAGCUGGACCGUUGAAGAUGAGAUUCGAGCGAGGAAAAAGGCUGCAAACGGCUCGUUUAAUAUACGAUUUUAACCAUCAGAGGCAAACAACUGAAAAAUUUUCAAGCGAACCAAAUUUCGAUCCAAAAGUAAAUCUUAUAACAAGACCUUGAGAGCCAAAAAAUUCUAAUUUAAAAUUCUAUUUAGUGGUUUAUCGUUUUUGACAGGCCAAAAUAAAGUGUCCAUAAAUGCA